AUGCCAGAAGUCUACACAACAGACCACUCAGCCUCAGUGCUCCGCACCCACAGCUGGCGUACCGUGUCCAACUCAGCUCCGCACCUACUGCCACAUCUAAAGCCGAAUCAAGACAUCCUAGAUGUGGGCUGCGGCCCAGGAUCAAUCACCAUUUCCCUAGCCAAGCACGUACCGACCGGCCAUGUAACAGGGGUGGAAUACGUUACAGACCCACUUGAAGGCGCUCGCUCACUAGCGAAAGCCUCAGGCGUCACGAACACCACAUUCCAAGAGGGCAAUAUCCACGCACUCCCAUUCAAAGAUGAUACGUUCGACAUUGUCCAUGCACACCAGGUCCUGCAGCACAUUGCAGACCCUGUGCAUGCGCUGGCAGAGAUGCGGCGAGUCGUCAAGAAAGGCGGGAUUGUUGCGUGUCGCGAGUCGGCGGAGCUGAGCUGGUAUCCUGAUUCCGUGGGGAUAGCCAAGUGGCGGGAAAUUACAGAGCGGAUGCAGAGUGCCAAGGGCGGUAAUCCGCAUCCUGGGCGGAUGAUCCAUGUCUGGGCGAGAGAGGCGGGGUUCGUGGAUGUUAAGAGGAGUGCUGGGGCUUGGUGCUUUGGGGAUGAUGAGGAGAGAGCGUAUUGGGGUGGGUCUAUGGAAGAGCGGGCAAGAUCAUCUGGGUUUGCUCAGGGGGUCGUUGAAGAAGGGUUUGGAAAGCCGGAGGAUUUGGAAAUCAUCGCACAGGGAUGGAGAGGGUUUGUGGAGAAUCCGGAUGCUUGGUUUGGAUUGCUGCAUGGGGAGAUCAUUUGUCGGAAGUGA